GCUAGGACGGUGGAGCGCUCGUAUGGUGGAAACUUGUACGAUCACUUGAAGCAAGAGGAUAGCAAACUGGAGUGGAUUAGCGGUUCGGCCCCAGCGUUCUAAAGGGAUGACGUGCAUUCACGAUCGAUGUCGUUGCACUCAGUUUUUCACAUGACUUGUAGAGUCGUAUAGUUAUGUCCCUGCUUGGAACCUCCUUAGGACAAGAAAAAAAAGCAUCGCGGCGAAAUCGAGGUACAACAACACGCUGCAUUAGUGUGUUUAUGAACGUGACGUGCAGCAGCUGAAAGUUGCAACGUGAUGCCAAGAUGCUGCUGUCCCUGGGAAUGCUGAUGCUGUCGGCCACGCAGAUCUAUACCAUCUUCACUGUCCAGCUCUUUGCUUUCCUCAACCUGCUGCCUGUGGAAGCUGAUAUUGCAGCUUACUCAUUUGACAACAAUUCAAAGACUUUUGAUGACCUCCCAUCGAGGUUUGGAUACCGACUUCCUAGCGAUGGAUUGAAGGGUUUCCUGAUUGGCGCACAGCCAGCAAAUGCAUGUCAGCCCAUCGAGCCCCCGCCCAGGGACAACGCGACGGGCGCCUUCGUUGUCCUUAUCAAGCGCUUUGACUGCAACUUCGAUAUUAAGGUCCUCAAUGCACAGAAAGCUGGGUACAAGGCAGCCAUUGUUCACAAUGUGGACUCCGAUGACUUGAUCAGCAUGGGCUCCAACGAUUUGGACAUAAUGAAGCAGAUUGACAUUCCUUCCGUGUUUGUGAGUGAAAAAACGGCCAAAUCUCUGAAAGAUGACUACCUGUUUGACAAAGGGGGUCGUGUGCUCCUCAUGCCAGACUUCAGCCUUCCGCUAGAGUAUUACUUGAUCCCCUUCCUCAUCAUAGUUGGAAUCUGCCUCAUCCUCAUUGUUGUCUUUAUGAUCACAAAGUUUGUCCAAGAUCGCCACAGGGCUCGAAGAAGCCGCCUCCGUAAAGAUCAGUUGAAGAAACUUCCGAUCCACAAGUACAAAAAAGGAGACAUCUAUGACGUGUGUGCCAUUUGCCUGGAUGAGUACGAAGAAGGAGACAAACUGCGGGUCCUGCCAUGUUCUCAUGCCUACCACAGCAAGUGUGUGGACCCAUGGCUGACCAAAACCAAGAAGACGUGUCCCGUGUGCAAGCAGAAAGUGGUCCCCUCGCAGGACGACUCAGACUCCGAGGAGGGCGGCGGUGACGAUGACGCGUCCGAAAGCACCCCGCUGCUGCGCUCACUAGCCUCCACCAGCGCCCACUCCUUUGGCACCAUGUCUGCUGCGUCUCAGGCCAAUCGGGACCAGGAGUCGUCUUCGGACACUGACUCGCUGUAUGAAAGCAGCGACACAGAGGAGGAGGUCACCGUGGAGAGCGUGGUGUUUGUCCAGAUGCCGCAGUCAAACCCGGAAGGCAACGAUAACAUGCUUCAAGCUUGAUUUUGUCAUUAAGGACUUUACUGCUUACCUUGAUAUCAUCCCCCUACAUAUUCAUAUGUACAUUGAUUGCAAGCUGGCAAAUGAAACAUUGAAGGAAGUCUGCUGUGCACCUGUGGUAGGACUACACAUGUUGACUGUACGAGUUACAAAACCAAGACACUCCCUAAGGAAUGAGACAAUAUCCAGAUGAGCACUGCGUGAAUACACCCAUCACCGUACGUACUGGUUCAGUCAUUGUCGUUUCUUUUAUUGUACAUACACACCUUUCAGCUACUAUGCAGCCUUUUUUGAAGUGGUGUAUAUUUAAAAAAAAAAAGAAAAGCAUACACAGCAGUUUAGGCUCUCAUUGUAAAGAAAAUGUCAUGUUGGGAAAUGAUUAUUGAGAAUAAAGUUUUAAUCAUACA